GGGUAAAGUGGAAGAAGACGAGGAGGAAAGCGAAAAGCAGAGAAUGGCGGAAAGAUCAAAGAUCUCGUGAUCGGUGUGGUGGUAGCAGAAUGGAAGGUGGAAGGGACAACGACGAUUCGUUGUUUCGGUCGAUCGUUCGAAAGCUAUCGUCGAGGGAAUCGGUGAUAAGUAGUGGGGUUGAGGGGGAGGUAGAUACAUCGAGAUAUACGAAGAUCGGUAACGGUGUUAGGGAGGUUGUAGUGCCGGCAAGGAAUACGUCAACAACUACGACUAGUACGUCGAAUACGAUAACAGCUACGAUAACAACGACGAGAACUCAUUCUAGGGAGUUCAACGAGAUUGCAUUUGAGACGAUUUUGGAACGUACAUUCGACAUGUCGAGAAACGAAAGCGACACUGUCGCGGUAACUGCGGCUACUGGGACAGCUUCUGCAAAUGGCGGAACGGCAACUGGGGUUAUCGUCGUAGAGUCAACCAGUUGGUUCGACGAUACUCAAACGCCAACGAGUACGGCAAGCUUCGCGUCGUCUACACCAAACGUUUCAUCGAGUUAUUCAAGUUCAACCCUAAUCGACAAUUAUACUCUAAUAUCGGAUUUAUUCGUCUUCGACGAUCUAAACGAUUAUAUCAAUCAGUUAAAUUACAGCGCAUUCGCUAACCUCACGGCCUAUUAUGAUGGCGGUGGUAGUAUGAAUCUAAGUACCACCGUUAAUUGUACUUCCUCGAUAGUCUCUGCUAAUGACACCGAGUGCAAUCCAACCUCGGUAGACGAAAAGUCAAACCCCAGUAAUUGGUGGGCCCUCAUACUGGUUAUCGUACCUUGUCUAACCCUAUUCGGCAAUGUCCUCGUUAUCCUGGCUGUUGUAAGAGAGAAAGCCCUUCAGACUGUCACCAAUUAUUUUAUCGUCAGCCUGGCGGUUGCUGAUCUACUAGUAGCGGUUCUUGUCAUGCCUUUUGCUGUCUACGUUUUGGUAAAUUCAGGCUCGUGGAGUUUGCCAGGAUUCGUUUGCGACUUCUAUAUAGCAAUGGACGUAACCUGCAGUACAAGUUCCAUCUUCAAUUUGGUAGCAAUCUCCAUAGACAGAUAUAUAGCAGUGACGCAGCCGAUAAAGUAUGCCAAACACAGGAACAAUAGAAGAGUGUGGAUGACGAUACUGUUGGUCUGGGCGAUAUCAGCCGCGAUCGGCAGCCCGAUUGUUCUUGGCUUGAAUAACACUCCCAAUCGGUUACCGGACCAAUGUCUCUUCUAUAAUACAGACUUCAUCAUAUACUCAAGCCUAUCCAGCUUCUACAUACCCUGUAUCAUCAUGGUGUUCCUCUAUUAUAACAUAUUUAAGGGUCUACGAAAUAGAGCGAGAAAAGCUCGAGCUAAUCGAAAACCAAAUCUAGUAGAUAUAAAGCCGGGCAGUAUCAUAGAGAAUAUCGCGAACACCCGGAGUGGGUUUUCUGUGGCAAGGUUCGCCGAGACGGCGUUGGGGGCAGCCGCCUUGGUGGCUCCCGGCAUGGAGGAGCCAACGAACACAGCUUCCGGGAGCAACGAAGAUGAAGAUGAAACGCCUCUCGAUCCAGUUGUCGUCAUCUCCAAUGACAAGAGCACAGAAUUUUUCUUAGCCACUGUCGUCGAAGAAGCAGCUUGUCGUUUCAGCGCCGUGGCGCAAGCACAAUUGGGUGAAUCAAAUGGUCGAAGGAAUUCAGGUUACAACGGUGCAGCUAGCAGUACAAUGAUUCAUGAACAAACCGAGACGAAUUCGAGUCCAAGUCCAAAUCCAAGGAUCACAUCAGCUCCAUCAUCUUCAACAUCAUCUUCGCCACCUCCUUCAGCAAGACCUGGAUCAGUAGCGGCUGCUAGUGUUCAGAGCUCGCAAACAGAUCGGAAGAAGAACGGAAAUGGUGGAAACAAACAGGAACUUAAAAGGCUCAAAAAUGUUGGUUCUAUGCUACAUCUACCACUUGGUAAAACACCAUGCGUAUUAUCUGGCAGCUCAACUGUUUGUAAAAAAGAUAAGAAGAACGCGAGUUCUGGUUCGAAGUUCAACAUAUACAAGACUAACAAGGCGAGUAAGAAAAAGAAGGAAAAAAGUUCAGCCAAGAGGGAAAGAAAAGCUACUAAAACUCUUGCUAUUGUUUUGGGCGCAUUCCUGAUUUGCUGGGUACCCUUCUUCACGUGCAACAUCAUGGAUGCAAUGUGCGACAAGUUAGCCCAACCCUGUCAACCAGGUGUCACGGCCUUCAUUAUCACCUCGUGGCUCGGUUACAUGAACAGUUUCGUCAAUCCCGUCAUUUACACCGUCUUCAACCCCGAAUUCCGAAAGGCCUUCGGUAAACUUAUGCGCCUUUAAAUUUCGAAAUUAAAUCGUGGAAGAAAUUGUGAAAGGAUUUACAUAUUGACAUUUUAAAGUUGAGUUGAAUAAAUUGGGAACAUUAAAUUUAUUUUUCCUUUUAAAUAAGCGAAAAAAGGGAAUGGAAUAUUAGAUUUUAGAAAAGACUAAAGCUCAUCGAUGUGUCAGAGUUUAUCGUCUCGCACUAAUUAUGAGUAUGACUCUUAAUUGCGAGUAUCAUAUGUUAACUUUUUUAGGGUUUUAUUUUUCCAAAAUCAUUCGUGGAUAACUUAUAAUGUAAAGUAGGACUCUUAAUGACAAAUAUUUUUUCUUAAAUUUUAGAUAAAAUAUUUUGUUUAGGUUUUGUUUCUUUUUUAGGAAUAUGUAUUGGUAAAACAUAAAUUGUAGCAAAAUUAUUUAGGACUUUAGAUUAUGUUUAUUUUACCAGUACCAUCUGACGAAUAUAGAUGUAAACAAGCUAAUGAUCUUAAAAUAUAAAUUAAGGAACGUUACAAUUGUACAAAGUAUCUCCAUAAAAAUUUCAAACGACUAUUCGAAGGACUCUUACGAACGUAAUCGUUCGUUUAAAAUAAUAUAAUAAUAAUAAUAAUAAUAAUAAUAAUAAUAAUAAUAAAAAUAAAAAUAAUAAUAAUAGUAAUAAUAACAACAGCGUCGCUCGAUAGAAAACGUUCUUCAUUCGACGACAUCGUUUUUCUUUAUGACUCUAUCUACUCCAAUUUUUUCCGUUGAACUUAUAGAAAUGUAUAAGAAGAUAAAAGAAAGAAAAAGAGACUCGGGGGUUCAUUAACUAGGAAUAUUUGUGUUGUGUACGAAUGUUAUUAUAAGUAUACCUACAUUUUUCGUAGAUAUAUUAUCGAGUAACGCCGUGACAGUAUUACUAUCCUAGUUAUCCUAAAAACUUAGCAAUAUUUUUUGCUCUGAUAAUAAGAGCGCGUUAGUUGAAAAAUGAAGGCAAGCAAACCAACAACAGCAACAACAAAAAUUUAGAAACCGCAGUUUUUACGAACGUGAUUCCAUAUAUCAAAUAUCGAGGGGAAAAGAACAUGCUCACUAAAACAUAGAUAUUCGUGGGAUAGUUUCGACUCGGUGUAUUUCUAGAACUCAUACACCAUUCUAUGCAUAUAUUUAACCAAUUCUGAUAUUAACAUUUCACGAACAUGCAUCUACGUAAAAAAGAUCUUCAUAUUCGAAUGAUUUAAAUCAUUAAAAAAAGAUACAAAAUCGAUGAAAGACAAACAUUUCGGAUUAUCAUCUUCGCAUCUUUGAUUUGUGUGGAGAUUAAACAAAAAUUUCCUAAAGUAAGGAAAAAUCACAAACAUAACUCGCGAUCGAAUUUUUCAAACAUAUCAGUGUGUUAGUAUGAAAUUACACAGUGUUAUCCAUUCGUUCUAUCGACUCUCAAAGAACCUUUUUACACAAACACACACACUUACACACAUAAAUACAUAUUAACGAAGGUGAAUAUUCACUUAUUGUACAAGAGCGAUAAGAACAAAAAAAGAUGGAAAGAGUUAGGAUAAGAAAAUGAUAGGAAUAAGUAUGUAAUAAGUGUAAACGUAUACGUCUCGGCCGAUUUAGAAUAUUUCGCGCGUGUCACGUCUUAUUGCAAUAAUGUUAAACAAUCGAAUGAAAGCUUUUUACUCUGUUAUUUUCCAAACUAAGCUUAUAGCCUUUAAGUCUAAUCGUGUAAAUUUGUAAAUAUCGUAGAAUCUAAUCGAACGGGUGCCACUUAUUAGACACACGCACACAUAAGAUUAAUAAAUAAAUAAAAUAAAAUUGUUCCAACGUUUUUUGGCGUUCGAAUUCGUGCGAGUUUAAAGUGAUCUAUCUAUGUCAUGAUAAUAAUUACAUCUACAAAUUUAUUCUGAUUCGAUGAUUAUAGAAAAAAUUCCGUCGAGAAAGGAACGUCGUUUUAACUUGAUUUAUGAGUCUUGUAAAUUUGACGUAUUUUACAUUCAACUUACAGAUAUUUUUUGGUAUUGUUUUCUUUUUCUUUUUAGGAAUUCUGUGGACUUUGAUCGAUGUAAUCAUAUGAACACAAAUUUAAUUUAUUUAUUUAUUUUUUCCAAUACGACUAUUAUACUAAAUUUUAAAAAUCUGUUUAAUUGGCGAAGCUUAAAUUAAAGUUGUUGUUAACAAUUUUAAAUCUAUAAUUCUCUCUCUCUCUAAUAAUUUUAAAUUAUUCGUGAUAUAUUUGUAUUUACUUAAUUUAUAACUAAUUUCGAAUUAAGACAGCUAUAAUUAAAAAGGAAAAUUACAUUUUUUUUUUAUAUUAAAAAGGGUAAAGUACGAGCGUAAAAGAAUUUAUUGUAAAAAGUUGCUGAUUUAAAAAAGAUUCGUUAAAGCCUAUAAUAACUCUGUAAAUUUAGCGAAAAGUUAUCAAAAUGAAAGAAUUCCUUUGAAAAGAUAAUACGAAGAUGAUCGACUUAAAGUACUCGACCUAAAUUAUUCUCUUUCACUUUUUCUAUCUUUUUCUCACCUUUCUUAAAGGAUUUCAAACGUUUUUACUUUUUUCAUAUAAUAUUUUUUUUUUCUUGAAAUUUAUUUUAAAUCUUUCUUAUAAUUCAUUCCUCAUCAUGCAUAAAAUUUAUCUCGCACGUGAUCAGACGCCAUUAGAUGCCAUCGAUAGCUUAUUAAUUAAUGAAGUUUCAGUGGUUUUGCUUUCGGUGUCGCUAACAAGAGGAAGCAGAAGCCGACGGAAGUGCAUUUCUAUGUCGAGCUAGUGAAAUCCGUUUGUGUUCGUCUGUCACGAACAUCCGACGUAGAGAAGAUACGAAUAAAACUCGAAAUUAUUAAAUACGAAAAACGA